AUGUUAACCUCACAAUCUUCAUCAGUCCACCACCCGAUCCUCCACCACUCUUCCCUCCUCCACUCCAAAACCUUAACCCUCCCCUCCAAAACCUUAACCCUCCCCCUCACCCCACCAUCCUCUGUAAAAUUCCAACCAAACCCAAAAUCUCUGCCUCAUCUUCACAUUAACAACUACAACACCAACCUUGUCGGCCUCAAAAGUUGCCCCAGCAGCAUUGUGGUCAUGAGCAAAUCGCCGAAAGUGGAGGAACAGAAGUUCAGCCAAGAAGGAUCGAUCACGGAGUCGCUUUCCAACGGUAUGUUUCGAAUCGAACUAGACAACGCAGACACCGUCAUAGGAUACAUAUCUGGGAAAAUCCGACAGAAUUCCAUCAGGAUUUUGCCUGGGGACAGAGUCAGGGUUGAAGUCAGCCGUUAUGAUACCACUAGAGGUCGUAUUGUUCGUAGAAUUGACAAAGACGGUGAGGACAAGAAAAAGAAAAAGACUUGGGCAAAAAAAGACUUGAAAAAGAAGAAGUCUUAUUGA